AUGGUAGCGACACACCUUCCUUCUUAUAGAAUCAGAUCAAUCGGUGUAGGAGGGAUACCACGAAAACUUCAUCUUCCGCUUGUUUUUCUAAGAGGACUUAGUCUAGUUCCUGCUAGCUAUGGUCUUUUUUCAUUGAUUUCAGCUAUUAAUAACAUUGCAGAGCGAGAUGCUGGUGGUGUCUUGGAACUCAGAAGUACCAAAUUAGACUAUUUGUUGGGUGCGUUAUGGUGUUUUGUUUCUGGUAUUUGGAGUUAUUGGUUAGCUGAUGGGCUAAUGCGUAGAUGGCUUUUUUAUUAUGAAGUCAGUAGUGCAAUCAUUCGACUAAUUUCAUUACAAGCAAUAAAUUGGGUUAUAACAGCAUUAGUCGUUUCACAUUAUGGACCUGAUGAGCCAACAUGGUCGUGGGUAAUAUGUGGUAUCGUGCUGGCAGUUAGUAAUAUUAUUCAGUGGUUAUUUACAUCCACUGCAAAAUUUCAAAAGGCCAAUGAUGCAGACUCAACAAGAGUAACGACCUGGAAAGAGAUAUUUAAAUAUAUAAUGAUUCCACUUGCAAUCACCUCGUUUAUCACAAUGGUUUUUCUAUUGGAACAACAAUCAAGUUUUAGAUACCAUUCUAAUCUUGGUCGCACUGGUCGCACUGGUUAUAAAUUGAACACCAACUUGACACUUAGUGAAACUCGUUCAGAUGCAAAUGUUAAAGUGAUAAUGGUGAUAUUUUCAUCAUGGACAGAAAAGAGCUAUAGCAAAAGACAAACAUUUCGUGAGACUACAUUAAAGUUAAUACCUCCAAAUUCUAAUAGAAUUUCCAUUUCAUAUCGAUUCGUGUUAGGGGAUCCACCAUCAGCCAAUGCACAAAUGAAUAUGGGACAUAAAAUAUUAGCGGAAUCUGAAAAAUAUGGUGAUAUUGUUAUUGUGCCUAGUUCAGAUACAUACGAGGAUCUAAGUCAUAAGGUUUAUAAAGGACUUGAGUGGACUACAAAAUAUACUUUUGAUUAUAUGAUUAAAACAGAUGAUGAUAUGUUUGUACGUAUGGAUACUGUCGCUAAAGAAUUAGAAGACUUGGGGCCUGGUAAAAAAUAUUAUUGGAGAGGUUUGGGAUAUUGGAAUAUCCCACCAAUUCGUAAUUCAAAUAAUAAAAAUUCAGCAUUUGAUUAUAAAUUACCAAUGUUUCCUCCAUUCACAGCUGGAGCUCUUUACAUAUUAUCUCGUGACAUAUUGUCACUUCUUGUUACUGAUGCACCACGUCUUUUUACCAAAAACGAAGAUCAAAAUCUAGGUAUAUGGCUCUUCCCAUACAAUAUAAAACCAACCCAUGAUAAACGUAUCCAACAAGCUGACGUCUGUGAAGACGAUAUGAUUGCCAAACAUUUUAGUGAUUCAUAUGAACCAGAUAGAAGUAUGAAAGAUAUGUACGAGAAUGUUAUUAAUAAUAGGAGAAUGUGUGAAGGUUUUAGACAAAGGUUUUGUGCAUUGUGUUAUCCAUGUUGGGGCAGAGAAAAUCAUUGGAGGGAUUGGAACUUUGAUUGUGAUGAGGUCAAAGGUAUAACAUUGUUGAAUCAGCCAGGCUUUGUUAUUGAGAAUCCGUUAUCUGUUGUAGUUUUUGAUGAUCCAGUCAAUGUAACUAUUGGUAGUAAAGAGGAUGAAUGGAUUAUACCAGGUAUUUUGUCACAGCAUUCAUCAAUUUACUCAUUAACAGAACAAUGGUAUUUAUUACAUUGGAUGUGUUGGACAACUGAUCCAUCCACGUUUCAGGAAAGGCAUUAUAAAACAAUAGAACUCAUAUGGGUUCAUACACCAAAAGCCGUUGUGUUUGUUUUUUCAACAACUUUACCAGAAAAUUUUUUUUCAGAUUAUCAGAAACAAGGAUAUCAAAUUCAUGUGAUUAGGUUUAGCAAAGAAUUUUUAUUGGAAAAACAAUGGUUUCUUGGGCAAAAUUCCAAGGAUUGGUUACUUGAUUGGAAUAAAUGGGAAGCGUCGCCAUUUUUCUUUUCACAUCUUACGGAUUAUAUGAGAUAUUAUCUGCUAUAUCAAUACGGUGGAAUGUAUAUGGACAUGGAUGCACUUUGGAUCAGAGCACCACCCGAUACUAAAAUUCAAUUUAUAGGAUCGGAUGCAUCAGAUGUUUCAUCAGAUUUAGAAUGGACGCUGGAUGCAGAUGGAACAUAUCUUGCACCAGGGGUCAUGAGAUUUCGCAAAGGAUGGAGAAUGUUUAAAGAUAUUGCAGAAAGAGCAUUUUCACCAACAUACACAACAUCAUGUUUUAAUUGUGUGGGACCUCGUGCUAUCACAUUGUAUGUUAAAGAGCAUCGACGAAUUUUGGAGAGAAGUGGAUUACGUAUUCUUCCCGGUAGAAUUCUAUAUCCACACGAUUAUGUACAUAUUGAUAAAUUAUUAAAACCAAAUCCCACAGCCUCUAAAGAACUACGUAAAUUAGAAAAAUCAUCAUGGAGUAUUCAUUUGUUUGGUAAAAUGACAAAUGAUUUAUUGGUAGAAGAUGACAGUGUAAUUUCAUUAUUAUUUAAGAAAUUUUCAUUAGAUAUACCGCAUCCGCCAGCACUUUUAACAUCUAAAGGUAAAUUAGAUUAUAAAAAUAGGAAAUUGGGAUACGAGUUUCAAUUGGAAGGCCCAAAAAAAUAUAGAUUUGUUUCAGCGGUUGCUAUUGAAGAGGUUGAUAAAUAUGUAGGAUCAGUUAAUGGACAAUUUCAAGGAUUAGAUUUGAUUUUUAUUCGUGGUGGAUCAGCUAAAGCAAGUAAAGGUACUAUAGUUGCCAAAGCAAAGGAAGGAAAAUUAUCAUUUAGUCAUCAUGGGGGAGAAUGGAGUGAAACAUCAAUUAUGGUUAAUUAUCCAACCAAAAAAGACAUUAAUGCAAUAUUAAAUUCAUUAUUAUAUAAGCCUAGUGAAGAAUUACAAAAAAAGGGAGGGAAAGAUAGUAUUAAAGUUGAAGUUACAUAUGACGAAGAACAUGGAGGAUUGGAUAUUGAAGUUGUUGUACCAGUACCACGCCAUUUGGAUAGUGGUAAUAUAAAUGGUGAAAUUUAA